AUGGCUUGCAAACUUCUUUGCCUCCUCGUCGUCUUCGCCACCAUCACCUUCGUCGCCCACGGAUCUGAACCAAUGUGUGGACUUGAUGACGUAACUCUGAGACAAUCGAAGUCCGGAAUGGUUAAGAACAAACCGGUGUGGAAAGUGACACUGAACAACCCAUGUUUUUGCUUACUCACUAACCUAAAGUUGUCGUGCACCGGUUUUGAAUCAAUCGUGCCUGUUGAUCCGUUGACAAAAACCGGUGACGUGUGUCUCCUCAGCAAAGGUAUACAAGGAGACUUUGUUUUCAAAUACGUAUGGGACACUAGCUUCGAGUUCAAGGUCAUUGAUGGCAAGUUUUGCGCAUGA